AUGUUAAGUCUAGAUGAAUUCCCAGAUGAACUGAAACUAGAGCUGCUUAGCUUUGCUCCAGAGUUGCGUUUUGUCUCACGUGAAUGGUUUUGUCUCCAUAAUGUUUUAUAUGGGCUGCGAUGCAAUCGUAUUCAUCGAGGAGCGUGGUCUGACAUAGAAUUGGAAGUGGUUGCAGAAUACAUCAAAUCGGAGUUUUCCUUCUUGGAUCGGCUACGUGAGCUGUGUCACUGUUAUAUGUUGAGUGUGUGUAAGGAUAAUGGUGUGAUAAAAUACGUCACUGAUUCAUGGUAUUGGAUCUACUGUGCAUUGUUUGUGUUCCAAGUGAUACAGGUGGAGCCAGGGAUGUUGCAGACACCCAUGAGAUGCUUAGUGGUCAAAAAUAAUGAGCUUCCGAGUUUAAAUCUAUGGGUUGAAUUGACCGAAGUGAUACCUGAAUUGAAGCUUGAUAUCACUGUCACUGUUGUCUUGGGUAGUUUUAGUGAUAGCGAUGAAGAUAGAAGGAGUACAAUUAUAAUUAAACCGAAAUACCGUGAUGUUUCUGCAUGGGUCAACAGGAAGGGUUAUUAUUGUAUAUAUAUUAACAAGCUGAAUCUUCCAGCUUCUUGGAAUGCUACUACAGGAGUGCCAUUGAAGUUCGUCACUCAACUUUCCGGGACUGGUUCUCGGGCUUUGAAGGUACAUGCAAUUGACUUUACACCAUAUCAAGCUUCACAUGAAUGGUUUCUAUUCUAUACAUCUAGUGCUGCAUUUCAAAGAAUGAUUUCCCGCAGGCUGUGGUAUCGCAGCAGUCCUACACAGCCAAAUGGAGAUGCUCCACCUAAAAGGGAAUUUGUGUUCCGGUAUCCAAAUGUACAGCUGGAAAGUGACGACCUUGAUUGGACACGUCCUUAUAUACUCAAGUAA